AUGGAAGAGGAGGAGUCAGAGGAAGAAGAGGAUGAGCUCCCCAUGUACCAAGAGCACUAUGAUGCUCUCUUCUCCAUGGACUUUGUGGAGACCAAGUACCCACAUGAUGACACAAUGAAGGCCUUGGGAUCUUUGAGAUGUGGAGUUGGUCCAAGAACAUGCAAGUUGCACUUGGCCAAGUUCUUCUCUUACCGCAUGGAAUCCUACAAGGAGCUCACUUGUGAGUUCUUGGCUUCAAUGAGGCAGUUGGAGAUCUUGUUUGGGUUCAACUAUGGAGAGGGAACCAAGUGGAACUUCAAGGAGGAGAGCUCCAAAGGGUUUGGGCUACAAUCGCUGAUGGAGUGUACUCUUCCUCAAGGUCAAGGCAGCUCAGAUCAGGAGCCCAGUCUUGAGAUAUGUGCACAAGGCACUUGCCAACACCUUCUUUGCAAGGAAGGCACCGGGACAAUCAAUGAGGGAGAACUCAAGUUUCUUGACAUGGGAAUCAAGCCCAUCUCUCACGCACAAGGAUGGCAAGAGGAUCAGGGGAGAUAG